GCCUGCUCUUCAGUGAAGGCCAUUAGGAACCGUUCGACUUUUCUUCCCCUUUCCUUGUAUGAUUACUCGAAUGCCGCGGUGUUAAAGCAAGAAACCAUUUAAUGAUUUACCGAGAGAUGACGACAGUUAUGAAUGACGACAUAGCCAUCGUGGGGUUUGCGUUCAAGCUUCCCCAGGAUGUUAAUGAUGUUUCUAGUUUUUGGGAGGUCCUUGAGAAUAGGAGGAAUCUAAUGACCGAGUGGCCCGAGUCGCGUAUCAACAAUGGCUCUUUCGAAUCCAGCAAAGAGGGCAACGUUCGUUGCCGGGGAGGACAUUUUAUAACGGAGGACCCAGGAGCUUUCGACGCACCGUUUUUCUCCGUCACAGCGAAAGAGGCGGCUUCCAUGGACCCGAUGCAGCGAUGGACCCUUGAAGCAUCUUAUCAUGCUUUUGAAAAUGCCGGAAUCCCGGCAGAACAGCUCAGGGGCACUCGGUGCGGAGUGUUCUCCGCAUCGAUGACGGACGACUACAAGCGGAUGAUUGCUCAAGACCCUGACAACGUACCCCGAAUGGCGGUAACCGGCACAUUCGCCUCCAUCUUACCUAAUCGAGUCAGUUGGUACUUUGAUCUACACGGGCCAAGUAUUCACGUCGAUUCGGCAUGCUCCAGUAGCUUGUUGGCGCUCGAUCUUGCCUGCCAGGCUUUGAGGACCGGCGAAGCCUCUUCUGCCGUUGUUACCGGGUCUAACUUAAUUCUCGGCCCCACUAUAUAUCAGAUGCUAUCAUCACUUAACUUUUUAUCGGCAGACAGCAAAUGUUAUAGUUUUGACCAUCGCGCGAAUGGCUACGCCCGUGGAGAGGGUGUUAUCGCCCUUGUCAUCAAGCCUCUGUGGGAUGCCGUACGGGAUGGUGACAUGAUCCGCGCUGUGAUCAGGUCCACCAGCUCAAACCAAGAUGGCCAUACACCUGGACUGACACAGCCUAGUCCUCAGGCGCAAGAAGACCUGAUACGGCAAGUAUACAAGAAGGCGAACUUGCCUCUCAAUGUGACCCGUUAUUUUGAAGCCCACGGAACGGGAACACCAGUUGGUGACCCUAUAGAGAUGAAAGCAAUAGGGAGAGUCUUCAGAACAAGUCGUACAACCGAAGAUCCACUUUACGUGGGCUCCGUAAAAGCGAACAUUGGCCAUCUUGAAGGAAGCAGCGGCUUAGCUGGUGUCCUCAAGUCAGUCUUGAUGCUCGAGAAGGGAAUCAUUCCAGCCAACGCCAACUUCGAGAAAAUCAACCCAAAGAUUGAUGUCGACUUCUAUCACACCAAAGUCCCGAGCGAAAAUGUGUCUUGGCCAUGCGACGACUUGCGCCGAAUAUCAGUGAACUCCUUUGGAUUCGGAGGAACGAAUGUUCAUGUCAUCCUAGACGACGCAUUCAAUUACCUGCGAGAGCGACGCCUGAUCGGAAACCACUGCACAAGUGUCACUCCCCCUAGAUUAACGAUCGGAAAUCCUACAACCAAUGGGAUAACCAACGGAGCAACGAACGGAGCCCCCAAGACAAACGGACACGCCCAUACUAACGGGAACGGACAUGUGAACGGGAAUGGCCACAUCGCCAACGGAAAGACUAACGGCUUUAGUAACGGAACUAAUGGACACCAUGCUGAUUCUAGAUCGAGACUACUCAUUCUAUCAGCGGCGGACGAAAAGGCACUCAAGCGAAUGAUUGAACAAUACCAGGGUUUCUACAAAGUGCAGGUCUCUCACAGCUCAACUAUGCUGGAUGAUCUAGCCUUCACGUUAUCUACCCGCCGAAGUCAUAUGCUAUGGAGGACAUUCGCCGUGGUCAAUGGCGUGCCUUAUGACCAAGACGAGAACCUCAGUGUUGCAAAGCCAAUUCGAAGUUCAAGCGAAUCCGGCAUAGCAUUCGUCUUCACUGGCCAGGGAGCACAAUAUGCUAAUAUGGGAGCUGGUCUCCUUCAAUAUCCAUUAUUCAAGUCAACGUUACAGCAAAUCGAUGAGAUAUACUUCAGCUUAGGGAGCACCUGGUCUAUAUUUGAUGAGCUUCACAAUAAAGAAAACAUCGAUCGCCCCGAAUACAGUCAACCCUUAUCUACAGCCAUUCAAAUAGCCUUGAUAGAAUUAUUAAAGAGUUUUGGUGUCGUCCCGAAAGCUGUGGUGGGUCACUCUUCGGGCGAAAUUGCAGCGGCCUACGCUAUCGGCGCGAUUUCGUUACUAGGAGCCUCCAAAGUGUCAUACUUCCGAGGACAGCUAGCUGGACAGCUCAGAGCCACGAGCGAAACCCCUGAGGCCAUGAUGUCUGUAAACCUUGCCGAGGACGAAGUCCAGGGGUACCUUAAAGACAUCAGCUAUGAAGUUUCGGCCCAGAUCAAUGUUGCUUGUGUUAACAGUCCAUUGAAUUGCACACUUUCCGGAAAAGAAAGCGCCAUUGAUGCUGCUAAGGAAAAACUCGAUAAGGACGGAAUCUUCGCUCAAAAGCUCAAGACGGGUGUCGCAUACCAUUCACCAUCCAUGGCUAAGAUCGCUGAUGAAUAUAUGCGCCAGAUAGGAUCCUUGGAUAACGGCAACACCAAAGCUACUAGGUCAUCAAUCCCAAUGGUAUCGUCGAUUACAGGUCAGCUUGUUCGGCCAGCCACAUUGGCAACUCCUCAAUACUGGGUGGAGAACAUGGUUUCUCCCGUCCGAUUCGCUGACGCCGUACACGUCCUCACGCAGAAGACUUCAUCCUUGAAGGUCGGUAUAGGAAGUAUCACUGAUCUUAUUGAGGUUGGCUCCCACCCUGCUUUACGCAGGCCGGUCCAAGACACCUUGGCGAAAGCAGGAAAUAAGAAGCAGCAGAUCCGGUAUAGCUACGUGCUUCAUAGAUCUUAUCCUGCGGCUCAAACUGCCUUGGAGCUUCUUGGCCAGUUAUUCAGCCACGGGCAUGCAGUUUCUGUCUCUGCAGCAAACCAGUAUGCAUCUAGCCAAGAACCUCAUCGCUUCCUAGUCGACCUCCCCAAGUAUCCCUUUGAUCAUUCUAAGACGUACUGGGCCGAAUCUCGCCUCAGCCGAGACUUCCGGCUUCGUGAGGGCGUCAAGGGUGAGACUUUGGGAGCACGGUUCUUCGAUUGGAAUCCCUUGGAACCGAGAUGGAGAAAUUUCCUAAGCGUCGAGACUACGCCGUGGAUUGGCGACCACGUCAUCAGCGGCACCGUCAUCUAUCCCGCAGCUGGUAUGCUGGUGAUGGCGAUGGAAGCAGUACAGCAGCUGCAGCCGGACAACCGCGUCAUCUCGGGUUACUAUGUCAAAGAGGCCCAUUUUAUGAACCCAAUCUUGGUUAAGGAGGCCUGGGAAGACAGGACCGAAACCAUGCUUCACUUACGCCCUGUUAAAAGACCAUAUGAGAAAGAGUCAACCUGGUCGGAUGUCACAAUCUACGCGUUUUACGACAACCGAUGGACUGAGUGUUUCAAAGCCAACAUUCAAGUCGAAUACGAAGACUCCACGCUAACUGACCUUCAAGAAGAACGUCGGCAAGCCCACACUCGGGUCACUGAUCAAUACAUCAAAGCGCGAGAGCUAUGCACAAGGCCAGUCGACUCUCAGGUAUUUUAUGAGGAUGCCACCGACCACGGCCUGGGAUACGGCGAGGCCUUCCAAGUAAUUGAGGAUAUCCAGUGGGACGGCAAAUCUAAUACCAUUGCUCGCGUUGACAUGACCAAGUGGAAGACAACUAGUCUUGUCCACCCCGUGGUUCUGGACUCGGCAUUCCACGUGCUACGCGUCAGCACGACACUAGGACUCACCUUAUCCAAUGCUACAAAUGUUCCCGUACGGUUGGUUGACGGCUGGUUCGCUCCAUCUGGAUGGCAACAACCUCAGACAUCUGCCGUCCAUUAUCUCGCUACUUCGGAGAUUAAGGGUGGUCGAGAGAGCGAGGAGGGUACCAUCUACGCAGUGGCCGAUGAUGGUUCAGUCUUGUGCACGAUGCGGAGACUGCUGACUGCAGCAGUGUCGAGGAAAUCCGACGGAGAGCAAGCUGCCAAGAAGUUGCUGUAUAGCAUUGACUGGAAACCACAAUUAAGCCUGAUGGAACCAUACCAGCUCGAGACUGCAGUCGACGCCAAUACUUUCGUUAGAGACGAGGCCGCCAUGAUUACGAAACAUGAGAAGCUGACGUACAUCCUGGAUAAAGUUGUUGCCAAGACCCUGAAACAGCUGUCCGGCGAAAACCGUGAGAAGGUUGUCGAGACUCAACGAAGACACAUGGAAUGGCUAGAAGAGCAUGUCGGGCUACUAACCGCCGAAAGGGCAGCCGAUGAUGUUAGCGAAGAACAGCUCGAAACCCUCUUGCAGGAAAUUGAAGCUAUCCACCCCCCUUGGAAGCUACACACGACAGUUGUCCGUCGCCUAACAGAUAUCCUCACUGGCGCGAUAGACCCGCUCGAGGUUAUCUUCGAUGCCAACCUGGCCGACGUAUUCUACGCGGACAUGUUCGAGCACGUAUGUGACGAUAGGCUUUUGAAGUUCUUGGAUCUCGCUACCCACGAGAACCCCGACCUCCGUAUCCUCGAAGUGGGAGCUGGAACCGGUGGCUUCACAUCUCGUGUUGUCAGUUGCCUGAAUGAGCUUGAAAAGAAGAGCGGUGCACUCAAGUUCUCAGAGUACACGUACACCGACGUCUCUCCCGCCUUCUUCGAGAAGGCAACUGCUAGAUGGCAAGACUACAAGGAAAGGAUGACUUUCAAGACUUUCGACAUGAAGCGCAGCGCCGAAAGUCAAGGGUUUGAGCCGGGUUCUUACGACCUUGUUGUCGCCGGAAGUGUUCUUCACGCUACGGAAGAUCUGCUGGCAACGAUGAAGAAUGUUCGCACGACUCUCAAACCGACCGGCCAUCUCCUACUUCUCGAGGUUGUUGCGCCGAAAGACGUAAUGACGAACUUCACAUUUGGGCUGGUACCUGGAUGGUGGGGUCGCCGAGAAGAAUGGCGAGGUCUGUCCCCUGCCAUUCCAGAGAAACAGUGGGAGGACGUCCUGAAGUGGACAGGUUUCAGCGGUAACGAUCUAGUUCUUAGGGACUACCCGAGCGAAACCUGUCACAUCUUCAGCAUCAUCGUAUCUAAAGCUGCAGAAGAAGUGCAAGAGAUAUCUUCUAAGAAACCGGGACUUGUUCUAGUCGCCGAUACCCAGUCAAGCGACCAGACUGAUCUAGCCAAUUUGAUUCAUAACAAGAUUCUCCAAUCAAAGGGCGAACAGGCUCGGAUCAUUCCCCUUGAUCAGAUUGCGACAGCAAACCUGACCAAAGAUGAUACCGUGGUUAGCAUUGCAGAGAUAAGCAAUCCUUUCCUUGCCACACUCUCCGAAGAAAAGUUCAAGCUGCUGCAGGAAUUCCUCAAGAAAACACAAAACCUGCUAUGGGUCACGCAGACAAGCUUGAAGGAUGAGCGAUACUCGGAAUACGGCAUUAUGGAGGGAUUCUUGAGGUCCAUCCGCCAUGAGGAAAGCGACAAACACAUCGUCACACUUGCCAUCGAGUCCCAAGAAGAGACUAUUGUCGAGUAUGCGCAGUACGUCGCCAAGGCAUACAAGGCCGCUUUCGAAUCGCAGACCAAGGAACUAGAAUACAUCGUCCGCAAUGGCCAACUCACCACGGGCAGAGUCGCAGAAGAUGUGUCCGGAAACGAUACGCUGCGAUCCCUCCUCCACCCACAGCUGCAAGACAAACCUAUCUCAGAGGGGCCGGCGCUAAAACUCGCCGUCGGCGAAUUGGGAACUCUGGACUCGCUGCGUCUCGUGGAGGACGUCGCAAAGCAAACCGAGCUUCUACCCCAUGAAAUCGAGAUCGAAGCCAAGUCCUGGGGUCUAAACUUCCGCGACGUGCUGUGCGCUUUGGGCCGCUUAGAGGAUAAAGAGCUGGGAGUCGACUGUGCCGGUGUUGUCACUCGAGUUGGGCCAGACAGCAACGUCCAGCCAGGAGAUCGUGUUUGCAUGAUCUCGAUAGACUGUAUGCGGACGCACCCGUGUGCACUUGACCAUGCUGUCCUCAAGAUCCCCGACGGUCUGUCCUUCGAAGCAGCUGCAUCUAUCCUAGUUCCUGGCAUGACAGCAUACUAUUCCAUGAUCGACAUCGCCCGAGUCCGAAAAGGCGAAAAGGUCCUCGUCCACUCAGCUGCUGGUAGCACAGGUCAGAUGGCUAUCCGAAUGGCUCAAAUGAAGGGAGCUGAGGUCUUCGCCACUGUCGGCUCUCCCGAAAAGAGGCAAUUCUUGAAAGAUACUUUUGGUAUCCCCGACGAUCACAUCUUCAACAGUCGCAACACCUCAUUCGCCCAGGGAGUCUUGCGUGUGACGGACGGAUACGGCGUUGACGUUGUCUUGAACUCGCUUUCUGGAGAUAGUCUGCGGGCCACUUGGGAGUGCAUGGCUCCGUUCGGCCGGUUCGUAGAAAUCGGUGUCGUAGACAUUAAGGCUAACUCGUCCUUGCCCAUGGCCGGUUUCGCGAGGAACGUGAGCUAUUCAGCUGUCGAUUUGCGAUACGUCAUCCUCAGAAACCCCGGCCUGACGUCUGAGCUCUUGAAGGCCACCAUUGGUUUACUAAAUGAGGGAACUAUCCAAUACCCUGGUCCCUUACACAUUUACCCCGUAUCGCAAGCCGAGCAAGCGUUCCGAUACCUCCAAGGAGGAAAAAAUAUCGGGCGAAUCAUUCUGAAUGUCGACCCCGCCGAUGUGGUCCCGCAACUUCUCCUAGGACAGCGAUCAUGGAAAUUUGAGGAAAACGCAUCGUACGUGAUCGCAGGUGGAUCUGGCGGUCUCGGUCGCGCUAUCAUGAAAUGGAUGGCCGACAGAGGAGCGAAACACUUAAUUGCGCCGUCGAGAUCCGGAAGCUCGAAACCGGUGGUCGCCGAGGUCAUCGCAGAAUUAACGCAACGCGGCGUCAACAUUGUUGCGCCUCAGUGCGACGUAUCGUCGGCCGAGUCUCUAGCUCAAGUACUCGAAGAGUGUUCUAAAACGAUGCCGCCCGUCAAGGGAUGUAUCAACGCUACCAUGGUCCUCCAAGAUGCCGUAUUCGACAACAUGACCUAUGCGCAAUGGGAACUGACGAUGAAAUCAAAGGUCCCGUCGUCUUUGAACUUACAUAAGCUCUUGCCAAAGGAACUCGACUUCUUCAUCCUCCUAUCUUCCCUAAACGGCGUCUGUGGAGCUUUGGCACAAUCCAACUAUGCAGGUGGCUGUUCCUUCCAAGACGCGCUCGCACGUUACCGUGUUGCGCACGGGCAAAAGGGAGUAUCGAUCGAUAUCGGAUGGAUGCGAAACAUCGGUAUCGUAGCAGAGACGCAGCAAUACCAGCGCCAACGAAAGAGCUGGGAUGAUAUGCAGAAGAUCGACGACACGGAGCUGAUGGCCUUAUUGAGCGUGUUGUGCGAUCCCUCAGAGCCACUACCCUCGCAAACAGGUAGCCAAGUACUACUCGGUCUACGCACACCGGCCGAUUUCUUGGUAAAGGGCCAGACGCCUCCUGCCCUGCUCACAAGACCCUUAUUCGCCGCCUUCUCCCACAUAGUCGGAGAGGCCAAGGCGACAUCGAAGGACGCGAGUGUUGAUGUAGCGGCCGCGUUCAAAGCUGCGACGGAUACCAGCGAACGAAUCCAGAUUGUCAUUAAAGCGUUGACUCAGAAACUAGCGCGCUCGAUGGCUAUCUCGCCAGAUGACGUGGAAUUAAACAAGCCGCUCUCCAGUUACGGUGUUGACUCAUUGAUGGCGGUGGAGCUGCGGAAUUGGAUUGGCAGGGAUUUCCAGGCCGGUGUAGCCGUCUUUGAUAUUAUGGGAAAUGUUCCUGUUUCGGCUAUUGGCGACUUGGUCGUGGCCAAGAGCACUGUUGGGAAGACUCAGUAGAGUAUGGCCAAGGGGAGAUAGCGCGGAGUACGAUCGAGGAAAGGGUGUUUGGGUUCACGGAGUUAUGGUUCUCGGUAUCUAGGUUAUUUCUUAGUUUUAACGAAUGUAAUGACACGUCGCUCAUUAUCAUGCUCUUCCGCACCCCUCGUUGAAUAAUCGUUGCGACAUGAGUUCCAGCCUAUGUUAACACGAUGAGCCUCUGAGUUUCUUAGCUUCUUUCUACCAAGAACCGCAUACCGCCUACCUAUUCAGUUCUUUAUUACCUAGUCGUGUCAUGAUUUAUUUGGG